AUGCGUAAGUUUGUGGGAGCCGAUGAUUUUCACCGCAGCGGCAACGUCAACCUCAAAUUCCUGCGACCGGUCAAAGACGGCGACACCGUUACCGUCCACGGUCAGCUGAUCAAUCGGGAAGCACAGGAUGACGGGUCUACGCUGGUUACGGUCGACGUCUACUGUGAAAAUCAAAACGGCGAUAAAACUGCGGUUGGCCAGGCCAGCGCUAAAGUUUCCAAUCAGUAG